AUGAGCGGUUCCCGGACGACUUCAGCAGAGCUGUGGUCGAGAGACACAGACCUGGUCCUUCGGGAUCUCGUGCUGAGGUCCAGCGAGGAAAUUAACUGGAACCAGAUCGCGACGGCCAUCGAGUGGGACUCCGGGGCCGUUACCCCCAGCGAGUGCAGGGAAAGGUGGAACUACGUGAAGGAAACGCCCGUGAAGGGCCCGUGGUCAUCCGAGGAGGACGAUCACCUUAAGCGCCUCGUCGACGAGUUCGGAUCUAAGAAGUGGAACUUGCUGGCGAGAGCUUUUCCCGGGCGGUCCGGGAAGCAGUGCCGGGAAAGGUGGCACAACCACGUCGACGGGCGCGUGAAAAAAGGGGAGUGGUCAGCGGAGGAGGACCAGAUCCUGUGCGAGGCUCAGCGGCAGCUCGGCAACAAGUGGAGCGAGAUGUCGAAGAUCCUGGUGGGCCGCUCCGAGAACGCCAUCAAGAACAGGUUCAACUCCCUCAACGCCAAGGGCCUGGCCGAGAUGCGCGCCAACGAGCUGAUGUCCAAGCUCGCCCCGGAGGAGAAGGCGGCUCUCCUGAACAUCGAUUCCGAUCCGCCGGCCCCCCCGCGCCCGUGUACUUCUUCGACCGCCAACAAGAAGAAGGCGGGGGCCAACAGCACCUAUGUGGCGGCGGCGGCGGUGGCGGCGGCGGCGAUGCCGGAGUCGGCCGCUCCGCGGCAAUGGAGGCGCUCAUGGUUGCCGCUCGGGGCGAGAGGACCGCCUGUGGAGGCAGCGGCGGAGAGGGUCACGACGGCGGCGACCCGUGGAACAAUAGCAAUUGCAACAGGGGCGGGGCGGAGGCGGGGGCGCACUGGAAGCGAGGGUGGGCCCCGGCGGCAGGAGAAGGGGCGGAGAGGCGGGGACGGCAGGAGACCGCGGGAGGAAGUGGCGGCGGCGCCGUCGCAGAGCCGGGGAGGAAAGCGGCGAAGAGGCCUAAGGGGGGGCAGACUCGUCGGAAAACGCAACUUCGGCGGCGGCGGCGGCGGCCGCUACGCAGGCCAGUACUACGGCCGCCUCCAAACUAACGGCCACAACGGAGCCGCCUUUAUCGACCACGGGUCCACCCCGCCCGGAAGCGCCAGCCCACUCCCCAGCGGCCCCGCAUCGGGGGGGGGGGGAUCGGCAGCCGGCGGGGCCUCCUCCUAUGGCGGGACCGGCGGCGGCUGCGGCGGUCGCACGGCCGGGACGGCUGACGCGUUCCCGGUAGGCGCCCGGGGGGCAAGCAGUGCCGGCGACGCGACAAGCAUCGGACGGAACUCGGAGUACUACCACGUGGGAGGCGGCCACGGCAGGAUGAAGGCCCGGACAACGGGGUUUAGGGUAGACAGCGGCAGAGCUUGGCGUAGCAAACGCCCAUGGCCUUCGUUCGGAGGGUGGGAAGGCAGGGCGGCUGGAUGUUCGGCGGUCCUGACCCGGACUUGUCGGCCGGGUGCCCCAAGUCAUCGGCCGGCCCGUGCGCGUGGACGGGGGCGUCUCGCUGCUUGCUGCCGAGCCGCCGCCGCCGCUGACCACGCGGCCCUGCAUAUAGAAAGAGCACGCAUGUAG